CGGUCUUAAUUCUUGGGCUCUAUUUUAUUCAUAGAGCCUAUAGACCUCCUAAAGAAUUAGAACUCAUUCCAACUGUACCUAUAUUUAAGUUUGCAAGGGCUGUAUUAUUCAACAAAGGACAACAUGAAAUUCAGCGCGUUAUUAGUGAAUCAGAUCCAGAAAAAAUUGGAUUAGUGAAAAUUUUCCUUUUUUCAGGAUGGUCAGUUUUAAUAACUAACAUUGAAUAUGCCAAAGUAUUUUUCUCUGAGAAUG